AUGGCUGCCACUCUCAUCCAACUUACAACCAUCCUUUUUACCCUCACCCUCCCUCUAACAUUCCUAGCCUCCCCCUCUCCAAUGGCCUCUUUCAUCGCCGAGGACGUAGAAGACUAUGAAGACUACGUAAUUGAUACCCUAUUCCACAACACUGGAUCCUUGAGGGGUCGGCUUUUGGCGAGUGUUGUAAAGAAAGGUACACAUUGUGAGCUUAGUAGCAACAUAUGCAAUGGGGUUUCUGCGAACAAUGGUGCUAGCCGUCUCUUUUGCUGUAAGAGUCAUUGCCGGAAUGUCCUACGAGAUAGAAACAACUGUGGGAUGUGCGGGCACAAGUGUCGUUUUGGUCAACUUUGUUGUGGUGGCAAAUGCAUCAAUGUUGGUUUCAACGAUCUUCAUUGUGGCAAGUGCAACAAAGCUUGUGGCUCGGGAGUUAAAUGUGAGAACGGUUCAAAAAUCCCCACUGGUGAGGGAGUCACCGGUGCAACGGUUGCCGCCAUAGCCAACCCAGGAAAGUAG